AUGCCAUCCUUUGUACAGGAGCCACCGUCACAUGUUAGCUUUAGUAACAACACAGGUGUACAUAUUACGUGUUUGGCUCAUGGAAAUCCCAUACCUAUGAUUACAUGGCACACAAAGGAUGGAUCUAUUGUAAAUUCCGUGCCGGGAUUAAGGCAAAUCCAAGGCAAUGGAACUCUACAUUUUCCAUCAUUCUCAUCGCAAUUCUUUCGAUCAGACGUUCAUGAACAAGUGUAUAGAUGUCAAGCAUCCAAUCAUGCCGGAACAAUAAUUAGUCGAAACAUUCAUGUUCGUGCUAUCAUUCAUCAGUCUUAUGAUGUUAAAGUCGAUGGACAUGAAGUGUAUCUCAACAAUAUUGCCUUCCUCAAGUGCAUCGUAUCGAGUCAUAUGAGAGAGUUUGUUGAAAUCACGUCAUGGUAUCGAGGAGAAGAGCUUUUGACUGACAAUAGUGAUAUAAGUGGUCGAUACAUCGUCACUAGUGGAAAUGUUGACCUGUGCAUUCGCGUUGUCCGACCAGAAGAUGCAUCAAAAAAGUUCACAUGCCUCACAACAAAUACACUGACUGGUGAGCGUAAACUAAGCGAUGUUGUUAUGUUAUCGAUAAAAGAAGCACCACAAAACAUGGCUCCACAAUCGAGUCAAAAAUCAAUAAUGGAAAUAAGUGUAGAUAGAGGUAGCAAAAUUCAUUUACCAUGCAAUAUUCAGGGGAAUCCACUGCCAAUAUAUACGUGGUAUCGAUUAUCCGAUUCCGGUUCGUAUUAUUCUGUUCCAUCGUCACAGCGUGUCAUACCGUCACAAACCUUACUGCUCAUCAGAAAUGUAGAUGAGAGAGAUACUGGACGUUGGAUUUGCAAAGCAUCGAAUCCAUACGGCGAACUAAAAUUGGAAAUUAUCCUUAAAGUUCAUUCCUAUCUCACCGUCCAUAUGAGUCCACAACAUCAGACAAUUAAUUCGGGCUCAUCUGGUAUUUUUAAUUGUUCAAUUUCAUCAUCAACCGAUACACAAGUUGAAUGGUUUCAUAAUGGAAAAUCUAUUAUGGGUGUUAAUAGUGGUGAUGACGUGCAAGGAGUUGGAAGCAAAUUCACGCUCACAUCUCCCAACUCAUUACAUAUUAACGACGUUGGAAGAGAUGACAAGGGAAUUUAUCAAUGUUUGGUUACAACUCCUCGAAGCAGCAUACAAGCGGCAGGCGAACUAAAAUUGGGAGAUACAAUGCCAGAGAUGAUUUACAGAUUCAUCGAGCAGAAUGUUCGACCGGGGCCUCAUAUUUCACUCAAAUGUUCAGCACGCGGUACUCCACCGCCUCAGUUUACAUGGCUGCUCGAUUCUCAGCCAAUACUUGAUGUUACAUCACUUCAUCGCUAUGCUAUGGGACAAUAUGUAGAUGUAUCGGGUGAUGUUAUAAGUCAUCUUAACAUUUCACACGUUCGUGCUGAUGAUGGUGGAAUGUACAAUUGUAUGGCAAAAAAUAGCAUUGGUGCUAUUUCACAUGCAGCACGUCUUAAUAUCUUUGGUCCGCCAUAUGUUCGAGCUAUAAGCCCAAUUAAGGCAGUUGCUGGAGAGGAUUUGGUCGUUUAUUGUCCAUUUGCGGGAUAUCCAAUUGAAAAUAUUCGCUGGGAACGUGCAGGAAUUGAAAUAACAUCAAAUUCACGUUAUGUUGUGUCUAGCAUCCAACAAGGAGGUUAUCUUAAAAUUAACCAAAUCGAUCCACAACAUGAUGCAGGAAGCUAUACGUGCAUCGUAAGGUCGCGUAGUGGUGAAGAAUCACGUCGUGAUAUUCAAAUUAACGUCAACAGUCCACCCGUCAUUGAAGCAUUUACAUUUCCGAAAAAUAUACAAGAAGGUGGACGAGCGCAAGUUACUUGUGCUGUGUCAUCUGGUGACAUGCCAGUCUAUUUCACAUGGCAUAAGGAUGGCUCGCCUUUAUUAUUAAGUCUUCAGGUGCUCGAAAAGAAGGAAGAAUUCUUUUCGCUUCUUGUUUUUAAAGAUAUUACGGCACGUCACAGUGGGAAGUAUACAUGUUAUGCUUCCAAUUCAGCUGCGAAAGUAAACUUUACUGCAGAGCUGUUUGUUAAAGGUAAAUUUGAGUGA